UGUUUCAACGUUAUUUUAUGAAUGCAUUGCAAACCAAAUGCAUACAGUUGAAUAUAUUUGCAAACAAGUAUUUGCCGUGGUCGACGUGCCUUCUUGUUUUAGCACAAGCACACUAUAAAUUAAACACUGUCAAAUGGUCACGCUGUAGCUUGUUCUGAAACAUAUGAUACAGAACUUCAGUUAUUUUAUUCAGUUCAGACUUCAUUGAGUCUUCAUCGCUUUUAGUCCAGGUGAUGCCUCCCAAACGAAAAUUACCGGUCAAAAAAGCGGCUUCCAAGCCCGCCAAGUUAGCUAAAAAAGACAGCGUGAAAGCGGAUAUAAAAGCGGCUGCAAAAGCCCUCAGUAAGGGCUCGAGUAAGAGGAGUAACCGAAAAAGUGACAAGUAUGUCACGGAACAGAACGUCCAAGUCUACGAGGACUAUGACUGCAUGUUGAAUCAGACAAAUAUAGGCCACAACAACAACAAAUUCUACGUGAUCCAACUGCUUGAGAGAACUGUGGGUGCUAAAGAGUUCUUUGUGUUCAACAGAUGGGGCCGAGUGGGGGAGCAAGGAAUGAAUUCGAUGCAGGGUCCCUUCGGAGACGUGGACUCAGCGAAGAGCAACUUUGAGAAGAAGUUCCAGGACAAAACUAAGAACAAGUGGGCCAACAAGGACAACUUCCAGCCCCAGAGUGGCAAGUACACUCUGAUUGAGAUGGGCGACGAGGAAGAAGAGGACGAAGUCCAACAGACGGAGGUCGAAAAUGAAGAAAAGCCGAAGGCGGGAAGCUCCAAACCAAAGCUGACGCGCCAGUGUUCGCUGGACAAACCACUUCAGAGCCUGGUGCAGAUGAUCUUCGACAAUGACAUGUUCAAACAGCAGAUGACUAAACUGCAGCUGAAUGUGAACCGUAUGCCCCUUGGGAAACUCAGCAAACCCCAGAUUGCCAAGGGAUUCGCUGUGCUAGAUGAGAUCGACUUAGCAUUGAAAGCGAACAAGCCCUCGACUACGUUGCAGGAUUUGAGCAGUAAAUUCUACACCGUUAUCCCCCACUACUUCGGGAGGAAUGUACCCCCGACAAUCGGAUCCAGAGACGCCCUUAGAGAAAAACUGGAUAUGCUUCUAGUCCUCGGUGACAUUCAAGAAGCCCAAGAAAUGAAAAAAGCCCAAGAACAGCAAGAAGUUAAGUCAGAACUGCACCCAUUAGACAUAAAAUACGAGUCCCUCAAAUGCAAGCUGAAGACGCUGAAACCAAGUGACGCCAACUACAAAAUCAUCGAGGAGUUCUUCCAAAAUACGAAACCUUCCUUCACUAGCCCUAAGAUCAAGAACAUCUAUGAGAUGCAUCGAGAGGGCGAGGACGAGCGAUUCGACGCCCACAAAGAUCUGAAGUAUCGAAAGUUACUCUGGCACGGGACGUCGCCGGCAGUCGUCGCCGCAAUUCUCAAGUCGGGUCUUCGGAUCAUGCCCCAUUCGGGUGGUCGAGUGGGCCGCGGAAUUUACUUUGCCUCCGAAAACGGCAAGUCCUAUUUUUACACCGGGAGAACGAGUGACGGCACUGGAAUCAUGUUUCUGAGCGAAGUUGCGCUCGGAAAACCGAAAGAGAUUUUUGAAAAUAACGGUUCUUUGGUGGCGGCGCCAAAUGGUUACGACAGUGUGUUAGCGAAAGGUCAAUUUGAACCGGACGAGACUAAGGAAAAGAAGGUGAAGUUGGGAAAACACGAGGUAAUAGUUCCUUGUGGUAAGCCGGUUCGGAGGCCGAUAAGCAGCAGCUUCUCUCAGAGCGAGUACUUAGUGUACAAAGAGAGCCAAGUACGAAUGAGAUUCGUCAUAGAGUUGCAGAUGUAAAUACUGAAAAUUAAGUUUGCGAAUGUAAAUUUAAGGGGCUACUCUCAUGUGCGAAGGACCAAAUGCACAAAACUCUCAACCAAUCAGCGCCAUUUAAACUGUCCAAAAUAGAAUAAAAUUAUCGCUUUUUUCGAAUUUUUGAAAACUCAGCUUUCGCUGGUUGAAAAAAGUUUCGCGCAUUCGUUCUUCGCUCAUGAGGGGUUACAUCAUAAUUUUCCAGUGUAAAUAAACAAGUCUUCUUUAAAGAAAACCGAAACUGAGCAGAGUAUAAAAACCAGCCGGCACUUUGCAAUUAGUGUUAAAAUUUUACAUCGCAUGGGAUUUCGAUUUAAUUCCCCAUGUUGCAAAUAGGGAUUUUUCCUUACUAGUUGCACAGGGAAGAAUAAGUUUAAAAGGUCCUGUAAUUGCUAAAUAAUUGGAACACAAUUAUUUUAUGAGACGCGGAUCUAGGAUUUUUUCGAAGUCUCCAAAAUCACUUCAAAGAUCUUAGUUUGACAAAAUUGUCCGCGCAAUUUUGGCGCCAUUAUAUAAAUUGACGUCCUUACAAUAAGUGUAGGGCCAGUCAGCCAAAUGGAUGACGU